AUGAGUUAUCACGAUCCCGCGCAGGAAGAAAUACCUAUCGAACUCUCGCACGGAAGAUGGAACGAAUCGGAAGAAGUUCUCGCGAGGAAUCCUCGAUAUAAUGUUAGUGUAAUACGUUUUUAUUUUGCCAGCUCCGCUGAAAAUUUAUUGACUAUAUUUUCUGUUAUUGAAAUAAUUAGAGGGGAUGUUUGGAAAAAUCCAGCGUUUGGAGUUUGUGAAGUCUCAAAGCGAAGGGAGAUUUUUUGGCAGCUUAAGCUGAAGAUUGAAUUCGCUCGGAUAAUCAGCAUAUUCACAUGUCGGUGCUCAGCAAGAAGUAGAAACAUUGUAUUUUGGUUUGGACCCGGGCCACCAUCCGAACAUACAAGUAGUGAAGAAUGUUGGCGCAGUCCGGACCUAUGUGACGAAGGACGGAGAUUAUAUAAGCAGCUCUUCUGUCACGGAUAUAUCAGCCGACGCAAUCCUCCGGUCUUUGAAGACAAAGGAGGAGUAUUUGGAACGGUUUUGUCGUUCAUUUCCGAUGGUGGACGCUUUCCCUCGGCGAAGUCUAGGUAUGAAGCGCCGUGA